CCAAUGGCGGGGGAGCAGGAAGGCUUCCCGGGAGGCGAGGGGCCAAUAGGAAGGCGGGGGAAAGGGAGCGGGGAGGGGGCAGGAGGAGGAGGAGUCGCGCGUUGGUCGCGCUUCGGGGCGCCGGUGGAGACGCGCAGAGAGAGCGAGGGAUGGAGGGCGCCCACGCCGCCGCGGCCGAGGAGGUCCUGCGACGCUUCGGCGUGCGGGAGAGCUGCGGGCUCGGCCCCGAGCAAGUCCGCGCCAGCCGGGAGAAGUACGGCCCUAAUGAACUUCCCGCUGAAGAAGGGAAGUCCCUUCUGGAACUCAUCUUGGAGCAAUUUGAGGAUCUCUUGGUGCGCAUCCUCCUUAUGGCUGCGUUCGUUUCCUUUGUCCUCGCCUGGUUUGAGGAAGGGGAAGAAACGGUAACCGCCUUCGUGGAGCCUGUGGUCAUCAUCCUGAUCCUCAUUGCCAACGCCGCGGUCGGGGUCUGGCAGGAGAGGAACGCGGAGAGUGCCAUCGAAGCCUUGAAGGAAUACGAGCCCGAAAUGGGGAAGGUCCUCCGGGCUGACCGGAGCGGUGUCCAGCGGAUCCGGGCUCGAGACCUCGUCCCCGGAGACAUCGUGGAGGUUGCAGUCGGUGACAAGGUGCCGGCGGACAUUCGGAUCAUUGAGAUUAAAUCCACGACAUUGCGGGUGGACCAGUCCAUUCUUACUGGCGAAUCCGUCUCCGUCAUUAAGCACACGGACCCCGUUCCAGAUCCCCGGGCCGUCAACCAGGAUAAAAAGAACAUGCUUUUUUCCGGCACCAACAUCGCGGCCGGCAAGGCGGUGGGUGUGGUGAUCGCCACAGGGGUCUUCACCGAGAUCGGGAAGAUCCGGAACCAGAUGGCGGCCACGGAGCCGGAGAAGACGCCGCUGCAGCAGAAGCUGGACGAGUUCAGCCAGCAGCUCUCCAAGGUCAUCUCGCUGGUCUGCGUGGCCGUCUGGGUCAUCAACAUCGGGCACUUUGCCGACCCUGUCCACGGGGGCUCCUGGCUGCGUGGCGCCAUCUACUACUUCAAGAUUGCGGUGGCCCUGGCUGUGGCCGCCAUCCCCGAGGGGCUCCCGGCCGUCAUCACCACCUGCCUGGCGCUGGGCACACGCCGCAUGGCCAAGAAGAACGCCAUCGUGCGCAGCCUCCCCUCCGUGGAGACCCUCGGCUGCACCUCCGUCAUCUGCUCCGACAAGACCGGCACCCUCACCACCAACCAGAUGUCCGUCUGCAGGAUGUUCGUUGUUGAGAAAAUUGAGGGGAUCCAUUGCACUUUGCACGAGUUCAGCAUCACGGGCUCGACCUACACGCCGGAGGGGCAAAUCCUGAAGGACGGCUGCCCGGUCCAGUGUGGCCAGUUUGACGGCUUGGUGGAGCUGGCCACCAUCUGUGCCCUUUGCAAUGACUCCUCUCUCGACUACAACGAGUCCAAGAAGGUCUAUGAAAAAGUGGGGGAAGCGACCGAGACAGCCUUGACAUGCCUGGUGGAGAAGAUGAAUGUCUUCGACACCGACAUCAGCGGCCUAUCCCCGGCUGAGAGGGCUAACGCUUGCAACACCGUGAUCAAGCGGCUGAUGAGGAAGGAGUGCACCCUGGAGUUUUCGCGCGACCGCAAAUCCAUGUCCGUCUUCUGCACGCCGGUGGCUGCCAGCGCCGGGCACAACUCCUCUGGCAGCAAGCUUUUCGUCAAGGGCGCUCCAGAAAGUGUCAUCGAGCGCUGCAACUACGUCCGGGUAGGCACUACCCGGGCCCCUCUGACCCUCUCCGCCAAGGAGACGAUACUUUCCAAGAUCCGGGAAUGGGGCUCCGGGACCGACACUCUGCGUUGCCUGGCCUUGGCCACACGAGACCACCCACCCCGCAAGGAGGACAUGCGCCUGGAUGAUGCCGGACAUUUCGCCAGCUACGAGACCAACCUGACCUUUGUGGGGUGCGUGGGGAUGCUGGACCCGCCCCGGAAGGAAGUGAUGUCAGCAAUCGAGAUGUGCAGACAAGCUGGCAUCCGUGUCAUCAUGAUCACCGGGGAUAACAAGGGAACAGCAGUAGCCAUCUGCCGGAGGAUUGGAAUCUUCUCUGAGAAGGAGGACGUGUGUGACAAGGCCUACACGGGGCGGGAGUUCGACGACCUCUCGCCAGAGGGCCAGAGCCAGGCCUGCCGCGUGGCGCGCUGCUUCGCUCGGGUGGAGCCGGCCCACAAGUCCAAGAUUGUGGAGUAUCUCCAGUCCUUCAAUGAAAUCACGGCCAUGACUGGUGACGGAGUGAACGAUGCCCCGGCUUUGAAGAAAGCCGAAAUUGGCAUUGCCAUGGGUUCUGGCACGGCCGUGGCCAAGUCGGCUGCUGAGAUGGUCUUGUCCGACGACAACUUCUCCACCAUCGUGGCUGCCGUGGAGGAGGGCCGGGCCAUCUACAACAACAUGAAGCAGUUCAUCCGCUACCUCAUCUCCUCCAACGUCGGGGAGGUCGUCUGCAUUUUCCUGACGGCCAUCCUGGGCCUCCCCGAAGCCCUGAUCCCGGUCCAGCUUCUGUGGGUCAACCUGGUGACGGACGGACUCCCAGCCACAGCGCUGGGCUUCAACCCACCGGACCUCGACAUCAUGGACAAGCUGCCCCGGAACCCCCGGGAGCCCCUCAUCAGCGGGUGGCUCUUCUUCCGCUACCUGGCCAUUGGAGUGUAUGUUGGGUUUGCAACCGUCGGCGCAGCAACCUGGUGGUUCCUUUAUGAUGCAGAAGGUCCUCAAGUCUCCUUCUAUCAAUUGAGGAACUUCAUGCGCUGCACGGGAGACAACCCCAUCUUCGACGGCGUCGACUGCGAGAUCUUCGAGUCCCGCUACCCAACCACCAUGGCGCUCUCGGUGCUGGUGACCAUUGAGAUGUGCAAUGCGCUCAACAGCGUCUCCGAAAACCAGUCCUUGCUGCGGAUGCCUCCGUGGCUGAACCUGUGGCUGCUGGGGGCCAUUGUGGUCUCCAUGGCCUUGCACUUCUUGAUCCUCUACGUCAAGCCCUUGCCACUGAUCUUCCAGGUGACGCCGCUCAGCUGGCCGCAAUGGCUGGUGGUGCUGAAGAUCUCCUUGCCAGUCAUCCUGCUGGACGAAGCCCUCAAGCUCCUCUCCCGGCACCCUCCCGACGGCAAAGACAUCAAGUAGCGGAAGGCGCCUCGAUGGCCGCCGCUUCCACGCGAAAGGACCGGGACCCCGCCGCUCUUCUCUGGGACCGGAGGACACGCAUGUUUGGAAGCGCCACCAAAAACCCACCGGCGGAGAUGCAUGUUUUCCGAAGCCUCGGACUUAAAUGCGGGCACAUCGUCAGCGGACGUGAAAAACCGAUCUUUCGUUUCGUUGUUUCUUUCCUCGUUUCUUUGGAUAUUUUUUCGCUUUCCGGAUUUAUUUUUGAAGUUUUCCUGUUAGGCAAGCUUUUUGUUUUCUGUACAUAUGGGUGCAAACACUGGACAGUAAAUUAUGGGGUUUUUUGUGGGGGGUGGGCUGGGCCAGGAGUCCUUUCUCUCUCCCCAGAUUGUUCCUUUUCUCUCAUUUCCCUCCCGUUGCUUAGCUCCACUUUUAACAGAUCAUGUCCAAGGUUUCGGGAGAGAAGCAGGCCUGGGAUUUUGGGGAGGACGCCUUCCUUCCGGGCCGGGUGUUUCUCCUGAUCCAUCGUGCCAUAAAUAAUGCAGUUUGUGGUUUUCUCUCCUUCCUCAUCAUCCCUCCUCCCUUCCUUCCUUCCUUCCUCCUUCCUUCCUUCCUUCCUUCCUUCCUUCCUUCCUUCCUUCCUUCCUUCCUUCUUUCCUUCCUUCUUUCCUUCCUUCCUUCCUUCCUUCCUUCCUUCCUUCCUUCCUUCCUUCCUUUUCUUCUCUUGGUUUCCCUCAUAUUCUUCCCCCUUUUAUUUCCCCCUUUCCUUUCUCUUCCUUCUAUCCUUCCCUUCUUCAU